UACCCUGACCAUGCCCAGUAGCCAGCUACAAAUCAGACUGUGGUUGUACUAGUGUGUGUGUCAGUAUGCUGUUGCCUUACUUCCUUGAUUGAAUGAAGGGAAUCUGUAAUAACACAAGAUGUAUCUAUUUGAUGUUUAGUUAUAUUUUACCCAGGUGAAGACUCUGACUGCAUUGCAUUGGCCAUCACCAUGUCUGGGUAGUUAAUACAGGAAGGUGCAAUUGGUGUAUCCAGUAUUUGAGGUAAACAGGGCCAUCUUGUGGUCAGACUAGACGGUACGAUACUGUAGGUGUCUGUGGAUCAUUACUGCUCUUUACAUUCAGCCUGUUAUUGCAUUCUCAAUUAUUUCCCUUAAACAAACUAAGAAUCCUGCCACAGGGGUGAGCUUAUUUCAUAUUUUCCAUACCCGUCAAGUUAUUCAAGGAUUUUCUACAAUCUCAUUUCUACAAAACAGCACUUGUAGCAAUAAGGAAUCACAGUUUAAAUCCAAACCUACCCUCAGCUUUUGAUUUUUUUUUUAAAAGAACAUCUAUGGUUCUUGUUUCAUCACCACUUUUAUCAUUUAAUGUUCGACUCAAAAUGGAGGAGAUUUUAAUAUCUCAACUCCAGUGUCAUGCUGACCCCCUUGUACCUGUGGGACAAAACUGGUUCGACCAGCAGAGACAAACAAACCUGUUCUUCAAGCAAAGAAAAACUUGUAAUCACUGUACUUGUUUUGACUUGUUCUGUUGUAAUGCCCUGGAAGUGCCAAAUGGUUGCCAUAAUUCAGAUUGUGUCACACGAUUUGUCAAUUCACAUUUCACUUUCAUAAUGACUAUUCUUCCUUAGAAAUAUUCAAAACGGUUUCUUGAAUCCUCAAAAUGUACUAAUACAUUAAUUUUAAGAUCACAUUCAUACAGUAGUUAAUUCUUAGUGGAUGUAGAACGUCUUUCAAAAGCUUUAUGCUUGAGCUAUGGUGGAAGUGUUCAGUUUGAAGAGUAUCUUACUCUUAUCAGUGUCAUCGUGUCCAUAUUUAUUAAAACAGCCUGUCAAACUACUGUAUUUCAAAGGCAGAUAAACCCUUACAUUUUACCAGCUUGUCAACAGGCAGAUCAACAUUCUGGUGUUAGGCACAAAAUCUAUGAAUCCUUUACAAUGAUGUGUCUGAGCAAGGAACAAGGAACAAGGAAGCAGAUGAAAUGUGAAAGAUGUGGGUGUCAGUUUGGUCUAACUGAAAUAUCACAGCUUUGUAACACAGAUGCACAGUUGACUGUGAAGAGAAAUGGCAAUGGCUAGAUACAGGACAAUGAUGAAAUUCCUCAUCAGUGUUGGGAUCCUUUUCCAAGGGUGUGAUUCAGAUGUGAAAUGCCGGGAUGACAAAGGAAAAGAGGUGGACUGGUAUAUUCUAUACAAGUUGCCCCGUGUGAAGGAUGACGGUUUGUCAUAUCUGUACAUGGAUGAGAGCACCAACGGAUGGAAAGCCAGCAAAGAGACAAUCAACAGUAAAUCUAGCACUCUGGCGAACACCCUGAACCCUCUUCUUGACUUCUACGACAGAAAGAUUGAAGGCUUUGGAUACAUGCUCUAUAAUGAUCAACCUCCAGAACCAUACGCUGCUCCUGCAUCAUUUGGCCACAGUAAAGGAGUUGUGAUGCUGGACAAAAAAAGUGGAGUUUGGCUUUCACACAGUACACCAAAAUUUCCAACAUAUCGCAGUAAAGACUUCUGGCCAGACAGUGGAACCGCUAAUGCUCAAACAUUUAUGUGCGUGACUUACUCUUAUAAUCACUUCAAAGAAAUAGGAUUGCAGCUGAAGUACAUCCAUGCUUAUUCAUAUGACUCUGACAUCCCGACAACCUUUCACAAAGAGCUGCAAUGUGUUGCACAGCGAAGCUGCUACCCAAAGAAGGAACCCUGGUUUCGUGUAAAGAUGCUGACUUCAAUGACAGGACAUAAUUUCUCUAGCUUUGCGAAAUACACCCGUUUUUGGGAUGAUCUUUACUCUGGCCUUAUUGUUAACCAUUUGAAGCAGGAUCUCUACAUUAAGAGCUGGGGGAAGAUGCGUAAACCUCUGCCUUCUAACUGCAGCACAGACAUCCCUCAUCAUGUGUACAAUGUGAAGGAAGUAAAGCUCCUAAAGGGGAAGCCCUUUGGUGAUACUGUUGAUCACUCCAAGUGGUGUGUAACUUCUGGUGGUGGCUGGACCUGCAUAGCUGAUAUGAACAGGGAAGAGAGUCAGAUGAAAAGAGCUGGAGGAGCAAUAUGCACAGAUAAUGUUGCUGUUGGGAAGGCUUUCCAUGCACUGAUCACACAGUAUGAACCAUGUAAACAUGACCUUCCACAUUCUGAGGCUCAACACAGAGAGCUUUAAAGGCACAGGCCUUCGUGGAAAUGUAAGGAAAAGUAUAGCAGAUCUCCAAAAAAAGUAUAAGAAAAGACUGGAGCCUGAUAUCACUUAAUAAUAACACUAACUACGCCAUUACAUAUCCAGACUUAAAAUUGUUGGUUGCAAGCUUUACAUUUUGCACAAUGUGUUGGUGUAGUAUAUUAAUUCCUGUCUUUUGUGUUUUGUAUUAUGUAUUUUAAUCAAUGAAAAACUGCAGUGUUUUUAUUUUGAAAAUCAUGCAUUAAGCAUUUGUCUAUACAAUCAGGAUACUAGAAUUCCAGAUGAAAUAAAUUUAACUGAAUGAUUAGA